CAAACAUUUAAAGGUAUGUUGGUAAUGUCCAACAGCAGUCGUACAAGGGUUUUCUUCAGCCCAAGUAUGGGUAUUUUGAAAAUUAAGAAUCCCAUUUCUUGUGAAGCAAGAUUCAUCAGUAACCAAAAUGCAGUUCAGGAAGUUAGGAUCUCGUGUGCAUUGUAGAAUUAACCACUGGGAGAAAUUUCUACGCAUGUAAUUUGUUAUCAUGUGGUAACAAAUCUUUCCUCGAAAACUCGAUACCAUAAAGUUCGCCAUGCGCUGGUAGAGGAAACAUCGAAACGAUGUGACAAUCUUCUGGUACUAGUAGUAGGAGAUAACUGAACAGCAU